UCUGGCUGUCGGCACUUCCUCAAUACUUUGUGAGAGAAACAGCGCAAUUUGUGUUGUGAUGGAUUGAAUGUGGCCAGAAUUGGGAGAAAAUGUCUUCAAAGACUUUGGAACAAGAGUUUCCAAUUCACUGGCUUGUCUGGCACAACAGUUACGACGAGUUGGAUCAGUUGUUGAAGACGAAUGGAGAGCAGGAUAAGGAGGGAUUGGAUCCACGGGGAAGAACCCCUUUACACUUGGCUGUCACAUUAGGACACUUUGAGAGUACCAGGGUUCUCUUACGGCAUGGCGCUAAUGCAAACACUGAAAAUGCAGGUUACUGGACAGCUCUGCAGGAAGCCGUCAGCACUGGUGAUCCAGAGCUAGUCCAGCUCGUUCUCAGUUACCAGGAUCGUCAGCGCCAGAGCAAGCGCAAUGUCAGCAUUCCAGAACUCCUCGAGAAACUUAAAGAGUCACCAGACUUUUACGUUGAGAUGAAGUGGGAAUUUACAAGUUGGGUGCCAGUGGUGUCCAGAAUGUGCCCCAGUGAUACGUACAGAGUCUGGAAAAGUGGCUCAGCAGUUAGGAUUGACACCACUCUACUGGGUUUUGAUAACAUGAAGUGGCAGCGCGGAAAAAGAAGUUACAUAUUCCAAGGAUCAGGGAAUUCUGCCACAGUAAUGGAGGUUGAUCAUGACAGAGGUGAAGUUUAUGCAGAGACCAUGGAGUUGACAGUGUCGCCCUCUGAUAUAGGCCUGCCUUCAGAAGAGGCAGUUGCAGCUCGACUUAUGUCGCCCAUUGUCACCACGUAUAUUGACACAGAUAAAAUAUCGUUUGAGAGAAACAAGUCUGGUAUUUGGGGCUGGAGAAGUGAUAAGUCUGAGACUGUGAAUGGCUAUGAAUGUAAGGUUUUUGGUGCGUCUAAUGUAGAGCUAAUCACAAAAACCAGAACAGAGCAUUUGACAGAGCAGGAUAAGAAAAGGUGUAAAAAGGUGAACAGAACGCCCCUGGAGUCUUUCCUGGGGGUUGCAGAGGAACACAGCAAGAGGGAAGCCGGAGCCUCCAAUGGGGACUUGAUGUCAGUCAUGUACAAUCCCUCAAACAUCACGCCGGAGGAGUACUUCAACGUGCACAUUGACCUCGGAGACAGGGACAUUGGUCGGCCCAUGGACCAGACAACAAAGACGCAGAAAUUCAAGGCAAACUUGUGGUUGUGCGAAUCCUACCCUCUAACCCUUCAGGAUCAGGUGAUCCCUAUCAUUGAUCUCAUGGCUGCAAACAACGCUCACUUCAGGAAACUCCGCGAUUUUAUCACCUUACAGCUCCCAGCUGGAUUUCCUGUGAAAAUAGAAAUUCCAUUAUUCCACAUCCUGAAUGCACGAAUCACAUUUGGGAACAUCUUCGCCUCAGAAGAGCCCAUUCCGGGAGUGGAAUGCGUGCGUGAAAAUGACGAGAUGACCUGCUCUGUGGAUGAGUCCAGUUUCUUUCCUCCGCCUAGUUAUGCAAAUAUUGGUGAAGCUCACCAGUCUAGGCUAAGAGAUGAGGAUGAUGAACUGCUCCAGUUUGCAAUACAACAAAGCCUCCUGGAGGCUGGCACAGAAAAUGACCAGGUGACUUUCUGGGAAGCUCUUAACCGCAGCAAACCCACCAGCAAUAAUCUCCACUCCCACGAGGAUCAGUUGUUACAAAGGGCAAUAGCUGAGAGUCUACAGUCAGGUGUGAUUAGUCCAGGUUCAGAGGAAAACCCAGAAACUGGACCUUCAACAACAACAACACAGCCGUUACCUCGGGACACAUCAUUGGACGAUGACUUGCGUCUAGCCUUAGAAAUGUCGCAGCGUGAACUCGAGGACACGGAGAAGCGCCGGAGAGAAGAAGAGGAGGAGCUUAAUAGAAUUAUACAACUGUCGCUAACAGAUAAAUAAUGCUACAUAAAUAUGCUCCA